UGGUCGCCAUGCUGUGGACUGAACUCCGCGGCUGAGGGAGGCCCCGUGUGUACGCGUGCUGCGCUGUGCGUGCUGCUCCUGGGAGCUGUGAGGAAAGCGCAGGCGAACUCGGACGCUGUGACAUGGCCUCAGUGAGUGUUGAGGACGUGGCUGUGCACUUCACCCAGGAAGAGUGGGCUUUGCUGAAUCCUUCCCAGAAGAGUCUGUACAGAGAUGUGAUGCUGGAGACCUGCAGGAACCUCGCUGCCAUAGGAAACAGAUGGGAAGAAGAAAAUGUUGAAGACUCUUAUAAAAUUCCUGGAAGAAAUCUAAGAAGUUCUGUGUUAGAGAUCUCCCAUGAGAAAACAGAAAAUGGUCAGAAUGAAGAAACCGUGAUGUGGAUAGCAAAUCUUCAUGCAAACAUGGCAGUUCGUCUUGGACUAACACUAUGUGAAUCUGGUGUCAGUGGAAAGGUUUCCAUGUGUCCUUCACCCUCUAGUAGGCAUGCCAUAUCUCCCCCUCAUUAUAAGCCACGUGAUCACGAGGAAUGUGGAGCCAAGCAAUAUAGCUUGACCUCUCUCAGCAGCUCUCAAAGGUGUGCAGGAGCUCACACUGGGAACGGGCCGUGUGAAUGUGAGACAUGUUUAAACGCUUUUUGUUUUCCAAAUUCAUUAGGAACACAUCCAGAGGCUUACACUGGAAAAACACCCUAUAAAUACAAGGAAUGUGGAAAGGCCUCUGUUUAUACACACAGAAGAACCCACACUUUGGCCAAGCUUUAUGAAUGUAACAUAUGUGGUAAAGCCCUUAGUUCUUCUACUUCCCUUCAAAGACAUGAAAUAAUUCACACUGAAAGGCUCUAUGAAUGCACAUAUUGUGGUAAAGCCUUUAGAUAUCCCAAAUAUCUUCGAUUACAUGAAAGAAUUCAUACUGGAGAGAAACCCUAUGAGUGUAAACAAUGUGGUAAAGCCUUUAGAUUUCCUGGUGCCUUGCCUCUACAUGAAAAAAUUCAUACUGGAGAGAAACCCUAUGAGUGUAAACAAUGUGGUAAAGCCUUUAGAUUUCCUGGUUCUUUGCCAUUACAUGAAAAAAUUCAUACUGGGGAAAAGCCUUAUGAAUGUAAACAGUGUGGGAAAGCUUUUAGGCGUCACUAUCAUCUUCAGUUACAUGAAAAAAUUCAUACUGGAGAAAAACCUUAUGAAUGUAAGCAGUGUGGGAAAGCCUUCAGACGGCACAGUCAUCUUCAGAGACAUGAACGAAUUCAUGCUGGAGAGAAACCCUAUGAAUGUAAAUAACAUGCCAAAGCCUUUACAUUUCACAGUUAUUUUCUGUCACAUGAAAGAUUUCAUACGGGAGAAAAGAAAUACUGUUGGUGUAAACAGUGCUGGAAAAUUUUAGGUUUCAUGGUUUUUACAAUGACAUGGGAUCGGUCAUGUACUAUGCAGACCCUAUGAGGUAAACUCUAGUAAAGCCUCCAGAUAGCCAUCUUCAGUUUCGUAAAGAAUAUACUGGAGAAAGCUGUGCCACUGUGAACAUUGUGCUGAAGCUGUUAGAUGCUUUUCUUGACAGUUUCAGAAAAAACUCAUUCUGGAAGGAGAUCCUCUGGAUGUAAAUAGUAUGGCCAGAAGGUCACAAAUCAGUGUUCUUCAGACAUAACCUGUAUGUGAGAAAAACUCUAUUAAUGUAAAAUAUGUACAUAUGUAAACCCUUUGUAUAAAACAGAUCCCUUCAAUUCUUUCAUACGCAU